UCUAAGUUGCAAGUCUAGCCUACGUGAUAAACUAACGUACUGAUUCCUGAGUCUGUGAACGUACCGGUAGGCUAUUAAUACAGGACCAUUUCGAAUCGAUUUCAUUGUUGCGCUAGGCCCAAUUUUAUUAUACCAACCAGCGGUCAGCAAGGAAAAUAUACAGAAAAUGGAUCCCAUUGGUAAUCAAAUCUCAAGACUCAUCUCUAAAACGACGGUGAUGUAUACGUUGUAUCAAGACAUUUGGCCUACCAGGGAAAUGUGGGUCCAUGACCUGAUUCUACAUGGAAGUGAUAAGUCUGAAUUCUUAUUAGCAGAAGAAAUUUUGGAAUCUCCUGACGAAGAAAAAUGCCAUCAGUAUUUUCGUAUGCAAAAGUAUCAAUUUGAAUAUUUGCUCAAUAAAGUUGAAUCGCUAAUCAGCAAAAAAGACACAUUUUGGCGAAGUGCCAUACCAGCCAAGCGAAGGCUAAUAUUGACUAUUCGAUAUCUGGCCACUGGUGCUUCUCAGUUGGAUCUUGCAUUUUCAUUCCGAAUCGGCCACUCAACUGUUGGGACAAUUCUCAGAGAAACAAUGUCUGCUCUGUGGAAAGAACUUGUUAAUGAAGUUAUGCCUCCACCCAGUCCCAAAAAAUGGUUGGAGAUAGCGAAGGAAUUUAAUUUUAGAUGGCAGUGUCCAAAUUGCAUUGGGGCUCUUGAUGGGAAGCAUGUGCGAAUAAAAUGCCCUCCAAAUAGUGGCAGUGAAUUCUAUAAUUAUAAGGGUUACUUUUCAAUUGUUCUUUUGGCCGUCUGUGAUGCGCAAUAUAGGUUUGUUAUUGUCGACAUUGGUAAUUCUGGUAGACACAGUGAUGGUGGAGUUUUUUCAAACUCACGAUUGGGAAAAGGAUUUGAUCAAUCCAGCCUCAAUAUUCCUGGCCAACAGACUCUGCCUGGCACUAGUGAAUCCAUCCCAUUAUAUUUUGCUGCAGAUGAUGCUUUCCCGUUGAAAAUUGGAAUUAUGAAGCCUUAUCCUGGUCGUGCACUGGAUAGGAGUCAGAAAAUUUUCAAUUAUCGGUUGAGCAGGGCUAGGAGGAUUGUGGAAAACACUUUUGGGAUUCUAGCUGCUCGUUGGCAGGUUUUUUUCAAAACUAUAAACUGUGAUCCAGAAUUGGCCACAUUAAUUGUACAAUCUUGUGUUGUACUGCACAAUUACCUCCAGCAACCGCAGGGGAAGACUUCUGUUUAUGGUGACAGCAUGGGCCCACUUGGAACAGUGACUGAAGGAAAUUGGAGGAAUAGCUUGCCAGCAAAUUUGAAUAUGUUUCCUUUGCACCAUUUCGGCUCAAACAAUUAUUCCCGAAAUGCAGCUUUUUUUAGAGAUAGACUGUGCCAGUUCUUUAUGUCCGUAGGGGCUGUACCAUGGCAGUGGAAUCAUUGAUAAAAUGGAUUCUACUAGUUGAAAUAAAUAAAACUGUUUUGUUAAAAGCACCAUCAGUAGGUUGUAUGUAUUUUGGUAAAUUGGCUGUAAUACAGUUCUUUUGUUUAUUAAUCUUUUAUGAAGAUAUUGUG